AAACUGGCUAUGAAUAAGUCCAAGUGGUGAUCAAUAGGAAUUAUGGAAAUCACGCGGCCCGCAGCAGUAAACGAGAAAUUACCAACGCUCACCUCUCGCCCUAACAUCUCACCGCCUGUUUCCCCUCGCCAACAGCGCGAGUGUCUUUCAAUCCACAUCGGCCAGGCUGGCGUCCAGGUUGGCAACGCUUGCUGGGAGUUGUAUUGCCUGGAGCACGGGAUCCAACCGGAUGGACAGAUGCCCAGCGACUCGACCAUCGGAGGCGGCGACGAUUCGUUCAACACCUUCUUCAGCGAGACGGGUGCGGGCAAGCACGUACCAAGGGCCGUGUUCAUCGACCUGGAGCCCACGGUGAUCGAUGAGGUGCGGACCGGCACCUACCGCCAGCUCUUCCACCCCGAGCAGCUCAUCACCGGCAAGGAGGACGCGGCCAAUAACUACGCCCGGGGCCACUGCUCCAUCGGCAAGGAGAUCGUGGACCUGGUCCUGGAUCGAAUCCGGAAGCUGGCCGAUCUCUGCACCGGACUGCAGGGGUUCCUCAUCUUCCAUAGUUUAGGGGGCGGCACCGGCUCGGGCUUCACCUCCCUCCUCAUGGAGAGACUCUCCGUCGACUACGGCAAGAAAUCCAAGCUGGAGUUUUCCGUCUACCCGGCGCCGCAGAUCUCCACCGCAGUGGUCGAGCCCUACAACGCGGUGCUGGUCACCCACUGCACCCUGGAGCACUCCGACUGCGCCUUCAUGAUGGACAACGAGGCCAUUUACGACGUGUGUCGGCGGAACCUGGACAUCGAGCGCCCCACCUACACCAACCUCAAUCGCCUGAUGGCACAGUUAGUGUCGUCUAUCACCGCCUCGCUGCGCUUCGACGGCGCUCUCAACGUGGACCUGACUGAGUUCCAAACCAACCUGGUUCCCUACCCGCGCAUCCACUUCCCGCUCAUCACCUACGCUCCCAUUAUUUCUGCAGAGAAGGCUUACCACGAGGAACUGUCCGUCUCCCAAUUGACCAACGCCUGCUUCGAGCCGGCCAACCAGUUGGUGAAGUGCGACCCUCGCCAGGGGAAGUACAUGGCGUGCUGUAUGCUGUACCGCGGGGACGUGGUGCCCAAGGACGUCAAUGCCUCCAUCGCCACCAUCAAGACAAAGCGCUCCAUCCAGUUCGUGGACUGGUGCCCGACCGGGUUCAAGGUGGGCAUCAACUACCAGCCCCCGACGGUGGUGCCGGGGGGCGACCUGGCCAAGGUGCAACGCGCCCUCUGCAUGCUGAGCAACACCACCGCCAUCUCCAUGGCCUGGACCCGCCUCAACCUCAAGUUCGACAAGAUGUACGCCAAGCGGGCCUUUGUCCACUGGUACGUGGGAGAGGGGCUGGAGGAAGGAGAGUUCCAGGACGCGCGGGAGGACAUGGCGUCGCUGGAGAAGGACUACCACGAGGUGGCCGUGGAUUCCGCCGACCUCGAGAGAAGGGGGGAAGAGGAAGAAUAA